UUGUUGCAAUAAUCAACAUGAUCCAACUCUCAGCUAUUGUCGUAGAAUUGACCCUCCGGGCGGGGUCGCUAGAUCUUACGCAAGAUUUGUCCACAUCGGGGCAAACCGGGGAGGGUGUGGGAGGCGCCACUCCACCAGUUCCCCCCUUAAAAAUUAAUUCGUUCACGAAGAGAGGCAGCAGUGGAGAGUCCCCAUUCCAUCAGCUAAUUGGACGAUCUCUCGAUGAUUUACAGACACUGGGAAAGGAACUCUUCAUGCACUUUGGUGAUUUUUGUCUCCGGAUCCAUUUUCUGAUGUCUGGUCAGUCCUUCAACAACAACCAGCAGGUAGACAGUGAGACCGGUGGCAAGACAGAGACCCCAACCCUGGAACUGCUGAUGUAUGGGGAUCUGCUCACAUUUAGAAACUCAGCAGCAGAAAUCAGACCUUCUGUGACCUGCCUGAUGAAGUAUGAAGAAUUGAACAAUUUGGAUAUUUGCUCUCCAGUAUUCAACUUCAAGAGGGCGUACUCUCUGUUCAGAGAGCAGCAUAACAGACUUGUGUGUGACGUGUUACUCGAUCAGUUUAUUCUUCCUGGUGUGAGAAACAUCAUUAAGAAUGAGAGGGGGUGA